AUGGAGCCGGUGGUGGUGGCGCUUCGCUUCGGCUCGGCAGAGAGUCCGUGUGUUCCACUGGUGUUGAGUGUGAAGCCUGAGGUCAUGACGAUGGAGAGAAACAGCAAAGCCCUGAAGGUGAAGCAGGAGUGUGGGGAGAACGUGCCCGUGCUGUCGGACAGCGAGCUCAUGUCCCUCUCCGUGCGCGAGCUCAACAUGCACCUGCGAGGCAUGUCCCGCGACGAGAUCCAGAAGCUCAAGCAGCGGCGGCGCACGCUCAAGAACCGAGGCUACGCCGCCAGCUGCAGAGUGAAGCGCGUGUCGCAGCGAGAGGCGCUGGAGCAGCAGAAGCAGGAGCUGCAGCGGGAGGUGGACCGACUGGGGGCCGAGAACGCCGGCAUGAGGAAGGAGCUGGAGGGGCUGGGGGCUCGCCUGGCCGCCCUUCAGAGGUUUGCCCGCGGCCUGGAGGCAGGAGGCGGGAACCUGCUCGCCACCGCGCCGCGCCUCAACACGGCGUCCGUCAUCACCAUCGUCAAGAGCCCCGCCCAGCAGCAGUCUCACAGGGAGCACGAGCCCUCCUAG